CCACGUUAUACUUUUAGCAAGAAUUUGUACGAGGCGCAAGAAGGCGCAAGUGUUAACCGCUUUCGAACGCUAACCGUUGUUGGCAUCUACGCAGUAACGUGAAUAUUGCGGGACUGCACGCACGCACACGCGUGCACGACUUUCGUCUGCGCUGCCGUGCGCGUUAGAUUACCAGACGGCGUCGUCAGUGUUUGCGCGGGGCUGGGCGGUGUGUCAAAGCGACUGCAUAACACUUGGAGAUAUAGACGGUUGAGCUUACGCGUCGGACUCAGAGACGGAUCGAGAGAAGACGCGAGCGAGAGCGAGAGAGAGAGAGAGAGAGAGAGAAAAGGAGAGAGGUGUCUGUGAGAGAGGAGGAUACAGACUGUGCACGUGAAAGACAGACAGAAGGAAAACAUGUAUCUACAUAGGAUUUUACUGAUGUUGGUCGUCGCUUCCGGAGUAUUCGGGGCGUUCGAUGUAGAAAUGCUUGAUAACUGCUGCUUGCUUGGCAACCAGUACUACAGCCAGAAACAGGAAUGCGACGGGCUCGCCAGUACCCCCAUGACUGGAGUUCAGCCGAAGCAUCACCCUACCUGCGACUUGAUGCGAGGCCUCUGCUGCCGCCGCAGCAUACAGAUGCGCAUGUGUGACUCAGGCCUCCAGGUGGCGCUCAACGGGCGUGAGUGUCCGCUAGAGACAGCUGAGCUCGGAGCAAUAAUGUACAAGGAAUGCUGUGAUUGCUGCAAGCUAGGUGCGAUCGCGGCAGGGAUGCGGAUGAAUUGCACGCCUCCGAUCCUAAGCAGCGUCUGUGAAAAUGUCUACGAGAACUGCUGCCUACAUUUAACAAAUCAUACAGUGCCGGUGGCGGAUGGCGGCGAGGGAGAUAGAUGCGGGUCCUCUAAUCCAUGCGCACACACGUGCCGCAACGUCGGGGAUGCGAUACAGUGCAGCUGCGAGGCUGGAUACAAGUUGGCCCAGGAUGGCUUCAGUUGCAUAGACGUUGACGAAUGCGAGGAGGAGAUUCACAUCUGUGAUCUUGACGCGGAGGUCUGCGUCAACACGGUGGGCGCGUAUGACUGCAGGGUCGUCGGUGGCGGGCGGGCCUGCGAGGUGGGAUACGCUUUUAGUCUGCACAGCAACCGCUGCGAAGACGUGGACGAGUGCGCUCUCGGCACGUACACGUGUGAAGCACAAGAGAUGUGUGUGAACACCCCCGGCGGACAUGUCUGCACCGACCGCGACUUCUGUCCGGAAGGUUUUCGCUACAUCAGCGGACUGCAGUUCGAAAGCGGCCAGUGCAGAGAUAUCGACGAGUGCUUGGAGGGUCGGGACGAGUGUGAUCGUCUGACACAGCGAUGCUUCAACUUUCCGGGCAGCUACCAGUGUCACAGCAUCUCCGAGUCGACCUGCCAUCCCGGCUACACCUACAGCCCGCAGCACAGGAUCUGUAUCGACGUGGACGAGUGCGAGGAAGGUCUGCAUCGUUGCAACAUGGUCACGCAGAAGUGCGUCAACACGCUAGGCGGCUUCGACUGCGUGUCCCGCACACCACCGGAGCCGUCAGACGGAGGCUGCGGCAGCGGAUACGUCUACAGUCCCAUCACGGAGAGCUGCGUCGAUCUGGACGAAUGUGUAGAGGCGGCUCACCGCUGUGAGGAGAAACCCGUCUGCACAGAACACAAUCGGGCGGCUCUACAGAUGCGUUUGCCCGUGCAGGCUGCCGCCUGA